AUGGAUGCAGGACUCAGCUAUGAAGACAUCAUGAAUAUGCAAAGCUGCUCAAUCAAAAACAUAUAUCACAGGUUGCGUGGAAGAUUUGAAAAAGUUAGUUGGAGAAGGAUAGUCUGCCAUAAUACAGGAUGCCCACGAUGGACAUUUAUUCUAACUGUGGCAGCUCAUGGGAAGCUAUACACAAAGGAUAGAUUGCAGAAGUGGGGAUUGCAGGUAGAUCAGAAGUGUGUAUUAUGCAACCAAGCCAAUGAAACUAUACAACACUUGUUUUUUGAAUGCACAUAUGCGAAAGCAUUGUGGAGCGCGCUGUUAACAUGGCAAGGAAUUAGAAGACCUGUAGCUGGUUGGGAUGAGGAACUACGAUUGGCUGAAAAGAAGACUAAAAGAAAUACAGCUGCUGCAGAGUUGUAUAAAAUGACAGCAGCAACAACAGUAUACCAUGUAUGGAAAGAAAGGAAUACUAGAAUUUUUCAAGCAAAGGUGACAGGUUGGGAAGCAAUGAGUAAGAAGAUCAUUCAAGAGAUACAUUGUCGAAGUACCAAACAUACAACGGGGAUACUACAUAGACUAGAUUGGUACCCAGUGUAA